AUGGCGCUGCCGAAGAGGAUUAUCAAGGAGACUGAGCGUCUCCAAAAGGAGCCCGUUCCAGGAAUCAGUGCGGUCCCUCAUGAGGACAACCUUCGAUAUUUCGACGUCGAGAUCCACGGUCCUGCACAGUCGCCCUACGAAGGAGGUGUUUUCAAGCUCGAGCUGUUCCUUCCCGACGACUAUCCUAUGACCCCACCCAAGAUUCGGUUCCUCACAAAAAUCUUCCACCCCAACGUUGAUAAGCUGGGAAGGAUCUGCUUGGAUGUCCUGAAAAAUAACUGGUCUCCGGCCCUCCAGAUUCGCACGAUCCUUCUUUCGAUCCAAGCGCUCCUCGGUGCGCCUAAUCCCGAUGACCCACUAGCCGCUGACGUAGCCAAGAGUUGGAAGGAGGACGAGCAAGCUGCUAUUCAAACGGCAAAGGAGUGGACCAAGAAGUAUGCCGAGCCGCAGAAAUGA